UUUUUUUUUUUUUUAUUUUAACGGAUGGACGCGAUUAAUUAUUCGUGGCUCAAGGGUAAGUUCAAGAAUGGCUAGCGAUUUAUCGAGUGAGUGUACGGAAACAAUUGGUGUGUUAGAUGAGAAAGAAGAAGGUGAAAUAUCCUUGGAAGAUGUAAGUUCUUCCGAGGAAGGACAUUUAAAUUAUGGAUACGGCACUAAAAUUUCUCAUUGUUCAAAUUGUCUAUCGACUCAACACAAUACAACGUGGUGUACAAUCCCUGCCAAAUUUUAUCCUUCCAAUGGUUCUAAUAGAAGAGAAGUUGACCUUAUUCUACAAGACGCAGUCCAGGGAAAAGAAAACUGUCAUCAAAUAAAAGAGUCAGGAUGCAUUGGAGUAAAACAUACAUCUACACUUCAAGAAAAAAAUGAUGAUCUUGUACCUAUUUCAAGUGACAGUGAUAUGGAAAUUGUUGGUCUUGCAAAUAAUUCUAACAAAUUUAUCAUACAUUCCCCUGGAAAAAGUAGAGGGAAGAAAAAGAAAAAAAAGAAAAGAAAUCAUGCAUCUCCAUUAAUAUUGAGUAAUCAAGUUUCCUCAUCUAAUGUGGACAUAUCUGUGAAAGAAUGUGUUAGUACAAUAAAACACGAUAUAACGAAAAAUAAUUCUAAAUCACACCAUAGAGAAGUGAGUCCUAUUCAUGGAAGUAGUAGAUCAAGAAUAAUUACAAGAUCACCACCCAAAAGACACAGAUCUCUUAUGAAAUCAAGAUCUCCUUUUAGAAGAUCAAAAUCUCCAAUCAAUCGUAUUAGAUCACCAACGAUAAGGAGAUCCCCAAGAAGACUUAAAUCUCCUAAGAGAUCACCAUAUAGAUCGUCAACAAAGACAAUGUCUAAGAAAACAUCAUAUGCUGAAUUAAUGUCAUCUCAUAGCUAUGUCAAUACACAUAAAUUAUUAAAAAAAGUCAGACAACUAGGUUCAAUAGGAACUCAUUUAUUAGAAGAAACUGUAAAUAAAAAUAAGGAUCAUGCAUCUUCAUUAAAAGAGAAGCUAACAAAUAUGAUGAAAGGUGUUUCGGACAAUAAUAUGGAUUUUACAAAUUCUUCAAAAGAAAAAUCUACAAUACACAUAACUAAAAAAGAAUCUAAUGAUGCAGAUGAUGAUGAAGAUUUAGCAUUAUUAAGACAAAAAGCCCUUGAGACAAAACAAAAUAAAUCAAAUAAACAAAAUGAUCAACCAAAGAGUGACAUUGCAAAAAAUAUGAGUGUAAACAUAAAUGAUGAUCAAGAUGAAGAAGAUUUAGAAUUACGAAUGAUUGCACUUCGUUCUGCUGUAUUAAAAAAACAUCAGAAUAGAAUUCAAAAGGGUAUAAAAUCAGCAAAAUCCAAGAAAUCUGGUACCUUUCGCAGUGAAAGUCCAUUUACUCAAAGCUUUUUAGAUAAUAUCCCUAUACCUGGAGAAGAAUUGUUAAAUAUUGCAUCGCCACCUCAUACUCCACCUCCUAUGAAUGAAAAUAGUCACACAGAAGAUAUGGAAUUAGAUACAGAUGUUGAAAGGGAAAAAGAAAAAUUACCAUAUUCUCCAACAGAUAAAAUUAUUGCCAAUAUACCUAUAGAUACAGAACUGUUAGGUAUUCAACCAUCUGAUGUAUCAUUCAUUAGUCUUAAUAAUACAAAUAAUAGUCCAAAUUUUAAUACAUCUAUAAUAUCUAGUCAGGAUGAUAAAAAGUCUUAUCAAGAGAAAAUUAUUAAAAAUCAAAGUUAUUUGCCAAAUAUUGUAUAUUAUGAAUCACCACAAAAUCCAUUAUGUGCUACAAAUGCAAAUGUACAAUAUUUAUCAACUGAUAUCCAAGAAAUUUCUAAAUCAGAUUUUGUGAAAGUACAUAAUUCACAUUUAAAUGUACAUUCUUAUGAAGAUACAUGUACUGCUGUUAGAAGUAAUAAUACUUCUGAAGCUUUGGAUAUUAAUUCAAAUCAAGAAAUGCCUUAUUCUCCAACUGAUACUCCUAUAUAUGAUCCUGACUUAUUACAUGCUCUUCCACAAACUCUUGGUCCACUGACUACCUCAAAUUCUUCCUUAGUUUCUCUUGAAUCAUAUAAUUCUGAUACAUAUGAACAAUAUAAUAAUGUAUCAACAAACCAACAUUCACAAACUACAAAACAAAUAAGCAAUAUAAUUGAAGAUGAACAAUUAAAUAAAGCAGAAACUCUUUCAGUCGAUCCAAUUGUUGGAUCUGCUACAAAUUCUCUCGUGGAAUCAAUAUCACCAAGUAGUUCAAUGAUAACAAUUGAUGAUCUUCCUGAAUCUUCAGAAUGCAUUCCAAAUGAUUUAUCAAAUAAUGUUAAAGACAAAAUGUUAGAACCGCUUUAUAUGAAAGGAUUACCAGAUGUUACCAAAGACAUAAAUAAAAUACCAACAUUAAUUAAUAGAACACUUGUCCCAGCACCAAUUUUGAAAACAAACAAACAAUUGCAGCUACCAUUACGAACUAGGAAGAAUACAUUACAGCAAGAACCUACAUUUAAAAGUGCAGAAAUGCAACCAGUUGUUCUUAAUGAAAAAACAAGUACAAAGAUAAAUACUUCUUUUAAACCACUAAAAUUAAUGUCCUUCCCACAAAAGCCUCAUUCUGUUUUAGCUAUACCAACUGCAUUUCAUGAUUUUUUACACGAAGAUUUAACUAAUGAAACAUCUAUUGACAAAUCAUCUGAUACUUCGCUAAUAGAAUGCAAUCCUAAUGCAAUAUCUCUGUGUCUAACACAAAAUAAUAUAACUACAAGUUCAAAUAAAACUGAUGAUAUUAAAACUUCAAUACAAAAGAAAAAGAAACUGCUUAAAAAAGUUUCGAAAAAGAAAACUAACGUAUUAAUUGCGAAAAAACAUAAUAACAUAAAUGAUGAUAUAAAUACUGUAAAUAAACAAAUACAUAAAUCAAAUCAAGUUCUUUGUAGAGAUAAAAAUAAUCAAAAUGAAAUUCUGAUACAAAUGGAUAAGACAGAUUGUAUCAAUGUAUCAGAAGCCUCUAAAAACAUUGAUGAUGAAAGAAAUGAAAUUUCUCUACAAACUAAUGAGGAAAAAAUGCAAAGAAAUGAUAAUUCAUCUAAUGAUACAUUAAAAGAGAGAAAAAAUACAGAAGAUAGAAGACAAAGUCUUGAUGAAGAUGAAGAAGCAUUAAGAGCAAUUUUACUAGCUUCUUUGCCAAAACGAGCAAAGAUGGCUACUAACGAUUGUUCUGAUUCAAUUACAAUUACAACAAUAAGUACAUCUACUGAAUCAAAUCAGGUAUUUGUAAAUCAAACUGAGUCAAACACUGUAUUACCUGCAGUUAAUAAUUUAUCAACUUCUCACAUGGAUAGUUCUGAAAAUGAUAAAAAUCAGUCAAAUGCUGGAAGAAAAGUAAAUGACGUUGCACAAGAAAAUAUAUCUGUUGAAAAUAUUAAAACUUUAAACACAACAACUGGUAGAAAAAAAACAAUUCCUAUGACAAAAGGUCCACAAAGAAAAAGAAUUUCAAUUCCUGCAAGUACAAAAGUUGUAAAUAAUGCAAAAAAAUAUCAAAAUACAAUGAUUCAAAAGAGAUUAAAUUUACAGAAAGCUACACUUUAUAACAAGCAAAAGAUUGCAGAAAAAGUACAAUCUACAGUGAAAUCUAAUGACAGUAAAUGGUCUACUAAUACAAAAGUAUUGUCUGAUAUACAGAGGAUUGUUAUAAAUUUAGAGUCUGAUACAGAAAGUGAUUCUGAAUUUGAGCGACAAAAAAAUAUAGCUGCCACUUCAGCACAUGCUGUCACAAUGGAAAAACAUCAAUCAACAAUAAACUCUACAGCAGAAUUUGAAAAAAAUUUAGAUCAAUUUUUACGUGCAGCACGGAAAAAACAAGAAUCAUUGGCAGCAGCUGCAAGACCAACUUUAAUAUCACAAAUACCUAAAAAAGAUACAAUAUUAACAACAAAACCAGGAAAACCAAAUUCAUCCAAUCUGUACACACCACUGGCUGUUCGUCAUUUACCUGCAUCUCAACAAGAGGAAUAUCGUCGAUUAAAACAACAAAUAUUAGAACGCGAGAAACUGAAGCUACAUAAAACAAUAAAGAAUAAAAAUAUGGAAGUAUUUUCAAAAUCCACAUUGCCAAAUAAAGAGUUAUAUACAAAAGUACAUCAUAUGAUGCCUUCAAAAAGUCAAAGUAUAAAUAUACAGCAAUUAAAUAAAGAAAAUUGUUCUAAAAAUUUAGUAGACUCAAUAAAAAAUACUACUAUAUCAACAAGCAACAUUCAGUCAUGUAUCAGCAAAUAUAAUGUUGAUAAACAAGAACACUCAACUCUAAAUCAGUCAAGGACAUUAACAAGGACAAAUAAUAUUUGUGCAUCCAUUGAAAGUAAUCCAAAUAACAUUGGAAAUAAAACAGUUGCGAAUAAUCUACAAUCAACAAACAUAAUGCGAAAAAUUCAAACAAAAACGAAAAUUUCGCCCUUAAAAAUUUUAUCUACAGAUGAAGUAAAUGAGAAAUAUGUUCAAGUACAAGUAAAAAGUGAUACAAACAAACGAGUGGUAACAAUAAAUGAUAAAGUGUCCUUAAACAACAAAGCAGUAAUUAAUUACAAUGAAAAUAUUUCUGGAAAUAAAGAUAGUGAUAAUAAAAAAAUGUAUAAUAAUGAUAUAAAUCAAUUUUCACAUCCUGAAAAAGAAAUUAUGAAUAAUAUUCCAUUUGAUAACAGUACAGUGGAUUCAGAUGCAUCGACUAUUGCAUUAACAGGACAUCAAAGAAGCAAAGAAAGCAUUGAUACAUCUGAAUCUACGCUACAUCUUUCACAAUGUCAAGAAAAUACAUCCUUGACUUUAAAUACAGAAAAUGAACAUGAUAGUCAUUUUUUAUCGUUAAAAAACAAUAAAUCAUGGAAAGAUAUAAAAAGUAUAGAAGAGAAUUGGGAAGAAAUUAAAAAAGAUGUCAAGGUGGAGUUAAAUACACUGCUUAAUCUUUCCCGUGCAGAACAAGAAAAACGUUUAACAGAUACAGAACAAGAACUAGUUAUGAAACGCUACACAAUCCUAGAUGAUUUAGCAGACAUGUCUAGUAACCUUCGUCAAUGGCAUAUGGAAAGAGAUCUACAAACAAAUUUAGCUGCUGAAGUAAAAAAGCUCAGGGAACAACUCAAAAUUGCUGAAGAAAAAUUAAGAAUGCAGCGUAAUCGUAUUAAUAAUAUAGGUCCAAAAGUAGUAAAAGCACAUGGAAAGAUCAACGCAGGUCGACAAGAAUGUUUUAAACUUGCAACUAUUUGUUCGACCUUGGGAAAUAGAAUUGUAGGAAAAGAAUACAAGAUACCUGAAGCUGGAGCACAACUUUUAGAUAAUAGACUGAAAGAAGUAGCUAAUCAUACGCGGGAACUUUCUCAAAAAAAAGUACCAUCUAUUGAUAUUUCUGACAUAUAUGAUUUAUCAACACUGGAAGAAGAGACUGUGUCUACUACCAGUACAGAAACUUCUCAAAGAGAAUCUUUAUUGAGAGAAAGUGCAACUAUUUUUAAUGAAGAUAAAUUAUCUUCAAAAUCAAAUGAAAUUGAAAAAACUGUACGAACACAUUUAAAUGAUGUUCUCGUUUCUACUACUGGUAUGCUUAAUUCAACGAAUAAUAAGCUGCCAGAAAAUAACAUAAUAAAUCCUACAACUUUAGACUCUGACAGUGGCAAGAAAAAUUUUACAAGACUUGAAGACGAAUUUCCAACGAAGAAGACACUUUUACCUUAUGAAUCAAUAUUAACACAUUUUAAAGUAUCAAGGAACACGAAUCCCAAUGGCAUCCUUUGUCCAUACGAACUGAUGGGAACAUGCAAUGAUGGAGAUUGUCAAUUUAUUCAUCAAACAGAGAGCCAAACCAAGUAGCAUUUAGCUACCAAAAUGGCAUUGUUAUGUUAUAUAUACUACUAUUUUUGAAGAAAUAAAAUCCUAUAAAGAUGGAAGAAUGCUGUUAGCAGAAAUAACAUCUGAAGAUGGUAAGUUAUCUUCGUCAGGGCAGGAGUUUGUGCACAAAUUAAAGUAGCCAUUUUAUUACGUAAGGAUCAUAAAUUUUUUUAAAAAAAGCAAAAUUUUUAAUACUGUGCUAUUUCAAGCUUCUAUUCUAACGAAAGUUUAAAGAAGAUUUGCUGCAAGUGUUUAUUUUUUACAUAUGUAAAAAGUGUCGUAUAUAAACUACAAGUAAUUAGUGUGAUUAAUAUAAAAAAAAAGAAGAAAUUAUUGACCGAUUGUUGAAGACAGCCAUAUGACAGGCCAACGUCGGGCAUUGCAACAAAUAUUCAUUUCAUAUUUCUAUAAGUUACCUCAUAAAAGUCUUGUACCUGUAUAAUAAAAGAUUAAUAUUUUUUUCUAAUACGAGUUUAUUUACUUUCAAAAUUAGAUUUAUCCCCUCUCACAGAAAAGGAAAUUACUAUUUUUCCUGAUUUUUAUAUUUGUUCCCAGAUAAUUUUCCUUUAAUAUUAUAUUUGUGUUAAAUUAAUUUGCCUUCAACUCUAAGUUCAUCCCAUCGACGAAUCCAAUCAUUUGGACAUAUAGAUGUGAAAACUUGUUUAAACCAAUUACAUACAUCUGAUCCCUCUCCCAAAAUACGUUCACAACGAUAGAAAUCAUGAUACAUUACCCAACAACGUAAUGUUUGGUUUUGUUGAAACCUUGGAUCUUCACCAGGAAAUACAGACUUUGCACGUCUUUUUCCAUCUCCAUCUCUUUUAAGACAUGGAUCAUCUUCGUCUACAGUUAUAGUUACUUUUCUCUUCUGUAUUUUUUCUGUUGUAUUGUCAAUAUUUAUUAAAUAUGUAUCAUGCGUAUCUUCAUCUUUGUUUUGGACGUCCGAAAUAUUAAUUUUAUUGUUUUUAUGAGAAUCCAUUAUAAUAUGAAUUCAUGUCUGAAUUUAUGUACUGUUUUAUAUGUGUGUGUAUAUAUAUAUA